UAGAAAAAAACUGCUGAAAUACGCACGCCAAAGACAUGCCGACAAUUUGAAGCAAUGUGAUGUCUGUUCGGUUCUUUUACGUCAGCUAGGUGUCUAAAAUGGUGGUACAUAUAGUUUAGGGUGAUUGUUUAGUAUAUGUAUGUGUUCUUCUUAUAGGUGUAAAAUAUCAUUGGAAACGAUUCAUCUUUUUGUUUAUCUGGCUUAUGAACUUGUAAUCUGACGCUGGGGGCUGCUUCAUGGAAUGUUAUGAUACGCCGUUUUCGCUGUUUCUGUUAGCACGCCGGUUAUAUGUUAAAUAUAUUAAUCUCAGUUGUUGGAUUCGAAAUGACUAUGGUUAAAUGUUAAUGUGCUGUGGCAGUGACUUCAUCAAAACAUGUGGCAUUCAUGAUUUAUGCGUUCCUGAAAACCUGACUGGAAAUAUUGCAUAAUGGGUAUCCAAGACUUGCAAGCUUUUAUUGAUAGUUCACAAAUACCAGGCAGUUCAGUGCCUGUGGAUUUAUUGAGAAUUGCCCGGGGAUUGGCAGUGAAACAGAGUCGACAGCAGCAAAAGACUGGAAAACCAUUAAACCAUGUUAAUAACAAACUGAGUCUUGUAGUGGAUGGGGAGUGCUGCUUGCAUCGCCUUUAUGGUGGCUACUUCUCAGAUUGGGUCUGUGGUGGCCAGUGGAAUCGAAUGGUCCAAUUCUUAGCCAUUUUGGUCCAGACAAUACAAACUAACAACAUUGAAUUAGCAGUAUUUUUUAACGGGUGUUUGGAGCAGCAACGAAUGAAUGAAUGGAUCACGUCCCAACUUCGCAUUAGGCAGAAGAUUAAUCAGGUUUUGAAGCACAUAAAUAUAAAGGGAACACCACCACCUAAAGUAUGGUGGGCAGCUCCAAGUUGUUUGAGGACGUGUCUUCGUAUGGCUCUGAGGCAUCUUAGUAUCAGUGUUUUAUGUACUAUGGAUGAUCAUCAUCAAGAAGUGAUUGCCUAUUGCCGAGAAAAUUGUUUUUACGGGUUGAUGGCUGACGAUGGGGAAUAUGCAGUGUUUGAUCCGCCGCGAUACUUCUCUUCAGAACAUAUAAAACUUACAUAUAAGGGAUCACUGGAGACCAAGGAAUACAUUUUGAGUGAAGUCACGAAAGGCUUGGGUCUUAGUUCUGAUCGUUUGUGUGUUGUGGCUGCUCUUCUGGGAAAUUAUUUGUUGCCUGAACAAGAUCUAUUAGAAUUCUACCAUAGACUAGGAUUGGUGCAGAGCUUGGGAAAGAUUCCUGUUGAUCCUUUAGUGAAGACAGUUGCAACCUAUGUAAAGGGACUGCCGUCAGUUGAGAACUUGGAUACAAUUGCAGCUCAGAUUUUUGGCUCAACUACAGAUCCUCGAGUUUCUAGAUUCAAACAAAGUGUGCAGUACUAUUUAAAUGGAACAAAAGAUGGGUUCUUAAGAUACAGAACACAGGCAGCCCACCACCGACAUGGUUAUUCACAAUUUCCUGCACAAAAGAUUUCCCCCCAUCAAAACAAAGGAAAACAUGUAGAUCAAGUGGACAACUCCAAAUUUGCCUCAGAGACUGUGGAAAGUGAGCGUGACAGUUUGCAGGCAUACAAUGAAGCUACAGCAAGUUCUGCAGGGACACCACAGAUUGUAAUUGAACCACCUGGCAUAGUGCCUGAUGAUAAAAUGAAACCGAAUGGUUCAGCUGUCAUUGAUGGCUCUGAAGAAGAGACAGGCACUAAAUCUGGUACCAAUUCAGUUACUACUGUCAAUGGAGGACACUCGGGAACUUUGAUUAUUAGUGUGUCAAGCUCCAGUAGUAGCUCAAGUGCCACAUCUCCUAGUCGUACUCCUGAGAACAAACGGAUGACAAAUCAAGAGGAUUCCCCAAUAAAAUCUGUGACUUUACCUACUGUACCACCAGAAGUUAUGCGGACUGCUAGUGAAAGACACCAGAAAGGCCUUAUGUCACCAUAUAUAUAUCAGAUUUUAACUCAGGGUGAGAUAAAGUUGCCAGUGCUGAUGGAAGAUGAGAAUCACAAAGAUUUGCCAAGCAUACACUUGGUAUUUCGCCCUGUACGACAGAUGGUCUAUGCAAUUCUUUUCAAUCUCCACCAUUAUAUAUAUAUGGCAAGCAAGCAGAAAGAGAAAGGAGAUGAAGAAAAGGUUGAAGUACCAGAUAUUUGCAUAAAAGAAUGGAUAUGGUCAAAAAACAAUCAGUAUCAAACUCCUGACUACGUUCGAGCAGAGCAGGUUGGAUGGGGUGUACCAACAAUUCAACGACUCUGGUUUGGGUCUGCAAUAGAUGACAAAAGGAGACGACUUAGAGCAUUUUUGACAUGUAUGCGGUCUGACACACCGUUAAUGUUGAAUCCUACAUAUGUGCCACAGCAUUUACUCGUUAUGGCAUCUGUUUUGCGAUUUAUUAUGUCUCACCCAGAAAAAAUUUUGUUGCAUAAAAUUGAAUUGGAUGUCUUCAUUGCACAAGCAUUUUCACCUGCUCUUAUGAAUGCACACCAACUGCAGGAACUACAGUUGCCGAUGGUUACAAGUAGAGGAGUCCAACUGGCAGCACUUUUCAUGCAGGGGGUCGAAACAGCGCUGUUGGCUAACGAUGCUUGUGGAGCACCAAUACCUUGGUUGAUGUGUUGCCCAUGGUUAUUUUUUGAUGGAAAACUCUUUCAUCACAAACUUGCGAGAACUUCUACAGCUAAAAGCCUUCUCGAUUUAUGUGAACAUCGAUAUGAAUAUGUUUUGAAAGUAGAACGUAUGCGCCAAGCAAUAUUAGAAGGCCUUGAUAUAGACUAUUGCAUAGCAUCUGUGCAGACACAACUAUCAGGUAUGAGGGUUCGUCUACCACCUAACAUAGCAUCCCCACCUGGAGUUAUACCACCACCAGUUCGAGCAAUGAAUGCAAUAAAUGUUCCUGAGCGUGUUUAUGCACCACGUGGGCUUUUCCGCCGUACAGUGCCUAGUAGAGGUGGUCAAUUGGAGAUAGCAGGAGUGGUGGUAGGCAGCUGGGGACCUAAUUAUGGGACACGUGGUGUUCCACAAGCAACUGGUUCCUUUACACCCCACAGGCCAAGCGGUGGCCGUGUUGUUCCGCCACAGGUCACUUCUGUGGGUGGCCCGAAAGCAUACCGACAGGGGAACAACAUGCAGGGAUAUCAUAUGAACUCACUCAAUGGCCGUCCACCUACUUUCCAGACGCGUGCAUCCAGUAGACAUUUUGGAGUCCCUGGUCGUGGGAAAAGAAACCAGGACUAACAAAGAGGAUGAGAAUGACGGUACUGGUCGUCGCAGAGUUCAUAGUCCACCCAUCAUCGACAUAAAUGGAAGGAGUGACACACCAAAUGGCUCUUCACAGAAUCUCACUGAUGUGUUUAGUGCUUCACAUUCACCAAUUGAAGGCUCUGUUACAGUGCUAGAUGUUGUGGCUGAUGUUGGAAAUGCAGACAGACAUGUAGACGAGGAAGAUGACUCAAAUAAUACUUUGUUGGCAGGGGUACUGUCAACAAAUACAUAGUCUGAGCAUUUGUGUGAUAGUGUAAUACUUUUUCUACCAGUUGCUCAGAAUGGUUAUUGAAAGUAAAGUGCAAAACUUUCUUCGAACUAUGGCAUCUUAUAUCCCUGAGUGGAAGGCCAAUACUUCUAACUUCAAAUGCAGACAUUUACAGGAAAAUAGUGCUUUCAUUUCACAGUUGUGUGUUUCUGGUUUUGUACUUAAUAACUGCAAUACAUUUUGUGGAUAUUGGGUAAGUAAUAUUUGGAAACUUUUUGAUCCUUGACUCUUAAUGUAGCACGGAAACUAUGUCACCAUUUUUAAAAAAUAGAAAAGACUGUAUACUGCUAAACUAGUGCCUUGAUUUAUAAGUGGUACAAAACAUUAGUUAAUGGUGUCAGAUCUCUUUGGCUAUAUUUUAUGGCAGUUUUUUGAAUGUGGAUUUUGUAACAGUACUUACCUAGAUUACUGUUUCGAAUGCCGAAAGUUUGAACUAAGAGCUGUUAUAAUAAAUUUUUAAGCUUGCAUAAAGUUGUGGCAGUAAUUGACUGUAACAUACAUUUGUAAAGCUUAAUUUAUUUACAUUAUUUAUCUUACUUUGUUAUGGAAGCAUUUGAAGUAUGACUACAUGUGGGGAAGCAUUUGAAGUAUGACUACAUAUUUGCCUUCUUCUCAGAUUAUUACAGUUUUAACUGUUGAAAAAUGUGACUACUUUUUUUAUUGUAUUUUAAAGUUAGAUAUAAAUAGUUUUAAUAACAAAAUGCACCACUGCUUCUGUUAGCAUUCUCUCUCUUUUUUUCCCCUCCCUCCCUCCCUCCCUCCCACCUUUCUCUCUCUCUCUCUCUCUCUCUCUCUCUCUCUCUCUCUCUCUCUAUCUCUUUCUCUAAAUUAUUAGUACUGAAACUGUCAUUUGGUGGCAUUGGUAUUUAAAGUAAUGCUAUUUGGUAACAUCGGUUUCCAAGUUUCACUUAAAAUAUUUAUUAAAAUAACUAAUUAUGUUUAUGACAAUUACUUUGUCAAAGUAAUAAGUAUGGGGGUCUGUAAAGAUUAUGUGAUUUUACGUAUAAAAUGAACUAUACGUAUACUGAAUAAGAAAAAUUAACAACAUAAAUAUUGUCGAUUUUAUGUAAUGGCCCUAAAUUACUGAGCACUACAACAGAAACAUGUGAUGAAAAUGCACUUGAUGAAUUCCUGAAUCUGUUUGAAAAGUUACUGCUGAAUUAUCUAAAUCUAAAACUGAAGAAAAUCAAUCUCAAAAACCUUUUGCUUUCCAUAAGGAUGGAAUAGUACAAGCAGUCUUGCUUCAAUUGUUGCAAACAGUUGACUUCUGAAUGCUGAUGUAAGAAGUACUUGAUCAAUUGUGUUUGAGAAUACUGGUGUCUUCAAACACUCAACUCCCUCAUUUCCACCCUGUGGUGUCGUGCCCCCCCACCCCACUGCCACUCGCUUUUGGACAUCUGCCCUUAUUUUUCAAAUAGUACUGUGGUUUUAGUUGGCACUUGAAAGUUAUUUUCUGGUUGGGACAUUAGAUUAGACUUCAGAGGCAACUGAUUCAGUGCAAUUUUCCAUGCUAAAUUCUAUAGCCAGAAUUUGUGAAAGUUGACUUUUGGGAAGUCUUAAUAAACAAAGUUAUAUUAUCAUAACAAUAACCAAGGAACUAAUCUUGAAGCGAAUUUGUAAGAGAUUCUGCACCUAGAAUUAUACACAUGUCAUGAGUCCAUCAAGUGGUUUGUUUCUGUAGAUUAUGUUACACAGGCAGAAAGUUCCAGCAUAUUCAAAGUGACUGAUCUGCAGGGUAUUGUUAUUUUGAUGAUGCUGUGUACCACACAGUCUUGCACCUCGGUGCACUCUACUGACUUCUUCAAGUUACACUACUACCAUAUAAUUUUUCACACACAUAGACUGCUAAGCAGUAUUGUCCUCUCAUAACAUUACAGCAUGUGCCUCACUAGUGAAGAUAAUGAUGAUUGAUAGUAUUAUUUGCUUGUAGUUGAAGAUGGAUCAUGUUACUUAAGAUGUAGAUGGCUUGUUGUCAGUUAUAUAAAUUGAUGCUGCUCAUAAGCACAAGGAAAACAGAAAAGGAACAGUUGCUUUGAAAUUGAUUUUGGACAACGAAAAAUAUAGGUAGAUGGCAUUGAUGGGAAAGAUUUCUGUACUGCAAGAAAUUUUAAAGUAUUGGGUUUCACAGGUUUAGUAUGAAAAUAUUUCAGAAUAUUCGUAGGCCAACUGUAUAGUUAGUUUAGCAACAUCUUUGUUUACAUGUUGACAGUAACUAUUGAAUUAAUAUUUGACCGGGUGGGGGGAGAUAGAUACAUGUAGACCAUACGAAUAGCUUCCAUUAGCUACGAAUAGCUUCGAGUCACUGAGUAAAGCAGUAGUUACGUUCAUCAUGCCAGUGUAGGGAGUUCAUGUUAUUGAGUCAGAUACUUUUAAUGUCAGUGAUAAAUAGUUAUACAUUUCUUAAUUUUACAUCUGUGCAAUACUUUCAUAGUUUAUUUUGAGGUAGGUUGUAUUGAUAGUAAAAUGUGAGGCGCACAUAAGUGAUCAUAUAGUGGACAAACUUUUAAAGUAGCUUUGUAGCAGAUUAAGAGUUUGCAUGUAAAAGAGAGAGAAGAUGGUGCAUUUUGAAUAAUAUUUUGUUAGAGGCAAAUACAGUGAAAAUUCUAUUGUCAUUUGUUGACUGCCAGUGUUACAUUUAAGCUAUCCAAAGAUUUGUAUUAUGGAAACCUGAUUUUUUUAUUUUGUGUGUGUGUGUGUGUGUGUGUGUGUGUGUGUGUGUGUUUGUUUUGCACUUGAGAGCAAUGUAGGGGAAAAAAAGAAAGGCGCAAGACUGCUGUGAUCUCUUCCACAGGAACUACUUAAUUUUCAAUGCAAUGUACUGUGGUAUAUGUAGUGUGAAUUAUAGAAAUCAGCAACAUGAAGCUUGUGUGAGGACAAUAACAUUUGUGUAUUGACAACAAGGUGAUUGCUGUGUUGGUGAUUUUGAACAUCAGCUGACUUAGGAGUGUAAAGUGGAAGUAUUUUUAUUAAUGUUAUAUUGCCAAAACAGCUAUAUGAGCGUACAAAACUAUUUAAAUCGUGCGAGUGUAUGAAAAGUGAGCAAUUCUAUUUUUCUAUAUUUGUUAUGUUGUUACAGAUAUAAUACCUAUUAAUAUGUAACUUAUAUAAAUAGAAGAAAGGAAAUGGAGACUACCAGUUGUUUAACCUGCUUACACUGCAAACUUCAGCAGAUUGUUUUCAAUUACAUUAGAGAAUUAAGGUUGAGAACUUAACCUUUGAUUGACCAUUGUUGAACUGAAGUUAAUGUUCCAUGUUGUGACAAGAGGAUUGCUAUAUGUUACUCAGAUUUCUGGAAUUUGGUUUUAGUAUGAAAUAGCACAAUUCAUAUGCUGGUGUGGUUUUUGAAAGCAACUUGCUGAUGCUUUGCAUAACUAAUGUGUUAAGAGGUAUUGGGGGUGAGUGGUGGUGAUUGUGAAUGCAGGCCCAUUUUUAUCAAGUUGAAAGUAAUUACAGUCAUUGUCCAGAUGGAGCCACACAGUGAGUUCUGAAAAUGACCUGAAUUGCUUGGGUUCGUUAUGAGUUUAGUACAUAACACCCAUCUUGAUAUAUUUUUGCCUCUAAAAGUAUUGGAAAGGAUAAACUAUUAGCUGCUUUGGGCAGUUUUUUGGAAAAUAAUGCAGGUAAGCCAGAAGAAAACUCUUUCUGAAAUGUUUUAACAACUCAUCCAUAUAUCCUAUCAAUUAUGCCGUGAAUGUUUCAUAAUGAGUUAAUAUUAGGAAGGAAUCUCAUCUUUAUGUUGAAGCAUAAGGAGAAAACUGAAUCACACAGAUUUCAGUAUGACAUAUUUACCAGUUACGUCAAGUCUCAUGUUACUGAAUUCUUGUAAUAUUGUUUGAACUCAAAAUGUUAUGGACUCAAAUACAGCCCAGUUUCAUGUUUGUAGUGAAAAAGCAAACUGCCACUGACUACUCAGUUGCAGACUUCAUGGCAGAGAUCAAUAUCUAAGCACAACAAUAUUUGUAUCUUCAUUGCUGGUGCCAAAUCAGUGAUGUGUUGUCCUACUUUUGCAUUUUGUGAGUAAUGAAGUCAAUAAGGACAGUAGUGCAAGUUAUUCUUCAGUUAAGAAUGACACAAUUUUAUUCUUUUUUUUGUUUUUAAUACAAAUGGGAUGUUUCUAUAACACCUCUUAAUCCAUUCAUGAUAUUCAUACAUUGAACUUGGGGAAGAAAGUUUCCAAGCAAAUUUGAUCAUUUAAAAACUUGAUGAACUGCUAAAAUGAUUGAAUUAAUUAGGAAGUAUUCUGAGAAAAGAAACAAUGUUUAAGCAACUAUAGUUAUUGUUAUACUGAGUAAAUGAAAAUAUCUUCAAUAACAUUUGUUUUCAUUCUGGGGCCCACUUUAUUAAUGUCUUUUGGUAAUGUUAAGACAUAUUAUAACAGGAUGUAAACCAUAUCUUUGCUUAGGUUAAGAUGUAGCUAUAUUUUCCCAUAAGUUGAAAAUGACAUACCCAGUGAUGUAUCUCUUAAAAAUGUAAUGCCUAUUAUUUGAGUGUGGAUUAACUUGCAAAAAAAUUAGCAUUUAAUUAAUUCAUUGUACAUUUUGUUCAGAUGUUACAUACACUGAAAUAUUUUCACAUUGUUAGUAAGUUUUCUCAAUAUCAAAAACAAAUAAAAAAAUUGUACUUACUGUAUGGAAUAAAAUUAAGUGGCUGUAGUACCACCAAGUUUUUACAAAAGUUUUCAUUUGGGCUAUUGUUCUCAUUGGAGUUUAAUUGUCAAGCUGAAAACUUUUAAAGGUGAUAUUUUAGUGCUUCUAGUAAAUAUGUACUUACAGACAUUAAACAUGUCUCCACAAAGUUGUUUUUAUUGUGUUUUUACUUUAAGAGUAUUUGCUAGUAGCAUCAGUCAUUUCCUGCAAUGAUGUAGACUAAAACUCAUAUGAAGUGUUAUUUCUGAAGUAUUCUAAUGAUGAAAAAGAAUUCAAAGUUGGCAUGUCAAAUACAUUUUAGGAAUGUGUAUCUGUAAAAUAAGUAGAUUAAUUGGUUAUCAGAUAUCAAAUUGUAGCCCAUAAAAACAGCAAAGCUGCAAAAUAAACACAUUAAUCAGUUAAGUAUUAUAUCUAUAUACUACACAGGAAUAUUCACCGAGUGGGAUUUUUCACUGCCUUGCUGUUGCUCAGUCCCCCCCCUCACUACUUUUUUGUGCUACAGUCUGCUGCCCAUUAGAUGCUGUGAUGUGGUACUAAUCACAGUUAUUUGUUAGUCAUAUUACUGUUCAACACAGUUUUCCAUUUAGAUUUUCAACAUUUUACUGUCAUUGAUGGUGACACCAAUUUAUGUUUGUAGUUUAUAUCAUACCCCAUUCAUUCUCCUUCAGAAGAUUUUUUUAAACCUUCAGAUAAGGAAUGUGUAAACCACAUGUAACAACACUACUUGUACAUUCUUGUAACAAAAAUAUUCACAAUGUUGUUGCUUGAGCUAUCUUGAUGUGAAGAUAUCUAAAUCUUCUGACAAGAAUAAUAAUCAGCCUCCCUUUUUUAUGAUUAGGUCUUCAUUUUUGCUUCUCUUUCAACAUACUAUUGUAAUAGUAAUAGUAAAGAAUUUGUUUACCAUUGUUUGCAUUUGGGCUUGCAUGGUGUGUGUUAUCUCACUGCAUACUGAAACUGUUGCAGUUGAGUAUUAAGAAUAAUUGAUUUGAGUAACUCAGUGUAUAGCAGGCAGAACAAGUUCCACAUCUGUUUUGUAUUAUCUGUGUAAUAUUUAUUUAUUUAGAACUAUCAACACUUUUAACUUAUAAUGUGCAGAAUAUAAGACAUCUAUAAAUAAAGUAAGUCCUUAUGUACAGUAAAAAAAUUUAUUACAAAAAAAGUUGAAGGUGGGCCCCUACAUGUUAUCUUUCCCCAUAUUCAGGCAGUUUAUAUUAAUACUAAGCCAAAUAAGAUAAUGCAAUUAAGAACAUUUGUUUAUACUUCUUAAAAUAAUAUAAAAUAGGUUUCACAGUUUUGUUUGGUUCUGAAAUUAAUGCUAGGAACUUUGAGUGUAAACUUAAAAGCAUAUGGAGACAGGAAAUAAUAAAUUUUACCUGUUGACACUUAAGUCACCAUAUUUGAUGUAGUAUAUUGUCCUUUUGCUGUUCAAAAUUUUUUGGGAUUGAAUCAAUUUAUAUUUGAUGUAAAAUAAUUAAGUUUUUAAGAAUUGCAGUUUCUUUGAUAUCUCCAUUUGCUUUUGAUAAUGUAUUUGCUAUACAUGUAAAUCAUAAAACCGCUUUGUGUAAUUAUUGGUAUAUAAAGUAUAAUAUAAAAAGGAGGUUAAAUGGAAUUCAUACUAGCUUUAGUUAAAAGUGGCUCUGUUUUUUUUUUCUCCACUUUUGGGAAUUAGGAAAUUCUGAAAUUUUAUCACCUGUGUCAAAAUUCUCUCUUCCGUUUAUCUUGGUUUGCCUGUUGAAAUACGGGUUGUGUUAGGUUUGGAACUAUUUCAAACACUCAUUCUCUUCUUUCUGUUUUUCAUAGCUGCCAAAAAAAGUGGCAUUCAUAUUAUAUUUUUGUAUGGAACUGCAAGUCUGUGCUGUGAGGUUGGGCCAGGUUACAUUAUCAGAAGUGUGUAAUAGCCUUGUGCAUCUCCUUGGCAUAUUUUUGGUUACUUCAUUGAUGGAGAAACUUUAUAUUUUCUUUCUUGUGUUCUUUAAUAAUGUUAACGAUGGUUACUUUUUUAAAAAAUUCAGGAACUCCUGGUUCCAUGCAGAAGUGUACUGUUAAAUCUUCAUGUUGAUGCAUACCAGCUUGCUGAACUUUGGAAGAGUAUUAAAAAUAAAACACAAAGUAAAGAAAGGGCAUGACUGCCCUGGGUAGUACUUCAGAAAUUAUUUACAAAAUAAUUUUAUUGUGUUUAUUAAUAAUGUAUGCAACCAGGUGUGAACAUUUUUAAACAGUAAAACAGAAGUCAUAUGUUUUAAAUAAUGUCAUUUUGCCAAGGAGUUAGUGUUGAUAUUUGUGAACCAGCAAGCUUUGUGGUGUAAUAAAGUAAUGGUGGUACUUCAA